CGACACACUAACCGAGAUUUGCCCUUGCCCUUUCAAUUCUUUUUUCUUUCUGCUCGUCGAGGGCGUCAGGCUGGUCUAUGCUGACCCUCACCCCAGGCUCGUCCUGCGACGUUUGCGCAGAUGAAUACGGGCCCCAUUGUCUCCCCCAUUCUAUCCCGUGUGGCCAUGUUCUUUGCGCCAGCUGCUGCAACAACAUCGCCCAAAAGACCUCCCGCGCCUCUCCUGCCUGCCCUUUCUGCAGAGAACCUUCAAACCGAUGCCGUCCGCCUUAUUCGAAUGGACUUCAAUACAAGUGGGUGGACGACCCCCCGGCGAGUUCCCGACAUAGCAGCCCCCGCGCCGGACUUGAUGACGGAUGCCUGGCUGAAGAGGCUCAUGCAGCCGGAUGGCUCUUCUCGUUCACGUCAGGACGCUCGCAAGCUCGAGGCUAAGGUUGCGAAGGUCGCUGGGAAAAGAUGUUCCGUAGAGGAAGUUACUGCGCUCCACAAUGAACUGCAAGAUUGGCUCAUGAACGAGACCAAGCCAGAAGACGAUAUCUCGGCCUUGACACUCAGUGCUGCCCUCCUCCGCGCUAUUCUUAUGAACCAUGUCGCACACUCGGAUGCUAGCCGCAACUCUAAAAUGGUCGAAGCCACAAUGAAGGCACGGCUCGACGAGCUGGAGGCUGCAAAUAAUAGACUGGAUGCCGAAUUAAAGCGACAACGUGCCGCUUACAACCAAAAGAUACAGGAAUGCCAGGGUCUGCGGCAGGAGCUGGCUCGGCUCAAGGUGCUCCCCGCCACCGACGAUGCCGCGCUAUGGCACCCACAUGCGGACAUCAUCGAUCUCUUCCGCCUCGCAAUAUGCGACGCGGCCCACCACGCCUUCUCCCGCCCAUCAGAGAUCGCAAACCCCAGGACCUCUUUCGUCCGCUUCAGCCGCAGCAGCGCGUGCACAGACACCCGCUGCUCGUUCUCAGACGCCCGGGCCCAAUAUGCUAGCCCGCGCGAGCAGUGUGCGGAUGGAGGUCUCGCCGACCCGAUCCGCCACUCCCGCACCCAAUCUAGCGUCGUCGAUUCCCCGCCCGAUGUCUCGUGCGGGCGCCACGACGCCAACCCAAACACGGCAUACUUCGCUGAGCGCGCGUUCCAAGACGCCUGCGCCGGUUGCGCCGAUGCAAAUGGCUCCGCAGCGUCAGCGACGCAUGUCACAGCCCGUACCACCCCUGUCAUUGUCCCGAGCAUCACUCGCUCGAUCAGCGACGAAAAACACGACGCGCAGAUGUUCGCGCUGUGGAAGCCGAACACACGACCGAACUCGCCCGACGAAAUCAAAAAGUUCCACCACUCGUCUAGCCGAUCACCGUCACGUAAUGGCCCUGCUAUGCACGGCUUCCGCCUGUCGGUUGAGGAUGACUACUGA